ACGUUUAGAUUAAAUGAGUUAGAGUCGACUCCAAGUCUUGUAAAACAUUUGGACGUUGGUUAAUGAAGGUGUUAAACUUAUUGUUAAAGUUUAAAACGAACUUUUUGUUGUAAUAAAUAUAUUUAAGGUAUCAUUAACCAACAUAAAACACUGUAGUUGAAGUUAUAUAGUUUGAUUUUUGGUAAGCUAGCUAGCCUUAGCUUCAUUAGCAGGUGCACAGACAGCUAGCAACCUAGCUAACGUUUGUAUACCGUUACAGUUAGUUAAAUCUUUACAUUUUUUACAUACAUUUUCACAAAUAAUAUUUCAAAUGAAUCUAGUACUAGGAUGGCUGAGAGCGGUACUGAGGCGAGAGGAGGAGAGUUCACAUCCUGGGCUGCAAGUCUAAAUGGAGAUGAAGAUGAACAUGAGGAAACCUCUGAGGUGUUGCUGAGCGUACUAGUACAUCACAACCAGGUCGGGCUCAGCUUUUACGACAGUAAAGAUUGCACCCUGCAUGUCAUGCCUGACACACUGGAUAACAGGGACCUUAGUCUGCUGGACAGAAUCAUACAGGAGCUCAGCCCUCGUGUCCUCAUCACCAGUGCAAAGCAGGAGGGAAGUCUGGCCCGGUUUAUCAGAGCACUCGGAUCAAAUCCAGACUACAGACCGGAAAUCGUAGUAUAUCCCAACGCUGAUUUUGGACAGGAGGUCAGUAAACAGAGGCUUUUGUCGGCUCAUCUCCCUUUUCUCCCUCCGUCCAUCACGGAGAAAGACCGCCUCCCGUAUCUCGGUUCCUGCAUCCCGUUCGACUCUGUGUUAAUGGUGAGAACUAUAGGAGCUCUCCUGAAGUGUCUGGACAGGAGGAGAGUCGGUGUUGAACUGGAAGAGAGCAGCAUGCCGGUUCCCAUAUUGCAGUUCCUCAUCUACACGCUAGCCGACGUGGUGUAUAUGGAUAAAGAUGCAUACAGCGUUCUCCAGAUCUUCAAAUUCGACCUGCACCCUUCAGUUUACAAGCUGCAGUCAGGACAGAAGGAGGGUCUCAGUCUUUACGGAAUUCUGAAUCGCUGCCGAUGCAAAUUUGGCUCCAGGCUUCUACGGCAGUGGUUUCACAGACCCACCAGAGACCCGAGUGUGUUGAGGAGAAGACAGGAGGUGAUCCGUUUUUUCACCUCUCCUCGCAACUCGGACAUCAUGAACACGCUGCAGAGCUUCCUGCGCAACGUCAAGAACAUUCCGGUUUUGCUACGCAAGAUGUCUCUGUCUCACACCAGAGUGGCUGACUGGCAGAAUCUCUACAAGACAGUGUAUAGCGCAGUGGGGAUCAGAGACACUGUACGCUCUCUCCCUCAAACCAUCCAGCUCUUUCAGGAGAUCAGCGAAGAAUUCACCGACGAUCUGCACUACAUCGCUACGCUCAUUAGCAGAGUGGUGGAUUUUGAAGGAAGUCUGGCCGAGAAUCGCUUCACCGUUAAGCCGAACGUCGACCCUGCCAUCGACGAGAAGAAAAGAAGGAUGAUGGGUUUGUCAGAUUUCCUAACGGAUGUGGCGCGUGCCGAGCUGGAGAGUCUGGACUCUCGUUUUUCUUCCUGCAGCAUCAUCUACAUCCCUCUGAUCGGAUUCCUCCUAUCGGUUCCCAGACUCCCCGGUAUGGUGGAGAAGGAGAGCUUUGAGAUCGAAGGUCUCGAUUUUAUCUUUGUGUCAGAGGACCGGCUUCAUUACCGCAGCGCCAGAACUAAAGAGCUAGACAACAUGCUGGGAGAUUUACACUGUGACAUCAGAGACAUGGAGAUGGCGGUGAUGAUUCAGCUCCAGUCCACGGUCCUGCAACGCAGCAGUUGCCUCUAUAAGAUCAUAUCUCUGUAUGCCGAGCUGGAUUGCCUGAUGUCUCUUGCCCAGGCUUCUCAGGACUACGGCUACUGCGCCCCCACGUACAGCGAGCGCUGCAGACUGAACCUGCGACACGCUCGACAUCCUCUGGUAGAGCUGUGCACACCCGUAUUCGUAUCAAACCCGUGCUUUUGUUCCGACACCGAGGGAAAAGUGAAAGUUAUAACCGGACCGAACUCUUCUGGCAAGAGCAUUUACCUAAAACAGGUGGGUCUGAUUGUGUUCAUGGCUCUGAUCGGAUCUGACGUACCGGCGAAAGAGGCAGAGAUCGGCCUGAUAGACGGCAUCUUCACACGCAUGCAGAGUCGCGAGUCUGUGUCUGUGGGCCUGAGCACUUUCAUGAUAGACUUAAACCAGAUGGCUCAGGCUUUAAACUACAGCACCGGGAUGUCCCUCGUGCUCGUAGACGAGUUUGGGAAAGGAACCAACACGGUGGACGGUCUUUCCCUCCUAGCCGCGUGUCUGAAUCACUGGUUAAAGAGAACUCCAGCUCAGUGUCCGCUCGUUUUUCUAGCUACAAACUUCCACAGCGUCCUACAGCUGGACCUCCUGCCUCACUCUCCACUGCUCUCCCUGCUGACGUUAGAGACUGCUAUAGACAGGGAGGAGUUAAUCUUUCUCUACCAGCUGAAGGAAGGGAUUUGUCAGUCCAGCUACGCCGCUAACAUCGCCACGCUCGCCGGGCUUCCACCUGCCCUGGUUCAGAGAGGACUGGAGGUAUCAGAACUGUAUAGAACAGGAAAGACCAUCCAAAGGGUUGACCAGCUAUCCAGUGAGGAACUGAACACCAGAUGCGAGAACGUGGUGGAGAAGUUCCUCAACCUCGAUCUGGACGAUCCUUCAGCGGACCCGCAGAGCUUUUUGAACGACGAGCUGCUUCCGUACAUCGGAGAGGUUCUGUGACGGAAGCCGGAGGUUCUCGAGCGAGCGAGUAACGUAACCAAGCUGUAAUUUCUACAAGCAGAACCGACACGCGUCUACAACGACCGUCCGAAUUACCGCCGUUUAUGUGAAGAUGCACUCAAUGACCCACAAAGCUGAAUUGCUCUUUAUGGAAGUUUAUAAAGUUUGAACAGUGAAGAGAAUUUGUAGAAAAAGACUGUUGGAAGAAGAAGAUUGAACAUUUCAACAAAAUGUUUUAUUUUAUUCUCCUUUUUAUACACAACAACGGUUCUCGAGUAAAUGUACAUGUUUCGCUUUUAAGGUUAAAAUAAACUUAUAUUAUUUCACGUAA